AUGCAAGAGAAACUUGCAUUAGCGGCGUUGUCGGCGGGCCCGGGCGCGGCCCGCAUGCGCGCGUGGAGACUGCACGCGUACGGCGCAGCGCGCGACCUGCGCCUGGAGGCGGCGCGCGUGCCGGCGCUGCGCGCGCCGCGCGACGUGCUGGUGCGCGUGCGCGCGGCCUCGCUGAACCCCAUCGACGUGGCCAUGCUGGCCGGCUACGGCGCGCGCGCGCUCAAUGUACUGCGCGCGCUGGACGGCGCGCCCGCUGGCCCGGAGUUCCCGCUGGUGCCGGGCCGCGACUUCGUGGGCGUCGUGGCGCGCGCCGGGCCCGCCAGCCGCCUGCGCCCCGGCCAGCGCGUCUGGGGCGUUCUGCCGCCGCAUCGACAGGGCUGCCACGCUGACUUCGUCGUAGUCAAAGAUGAAUGGACGGGGCCCGCACCGGCCGCACUGUCGGACGCCGAGGCCGCGGGAGCGCUGUACGCCGCGCUGACCGCAUGCGCCGCGCUGCGCGCCGCCGGGCUGGACGCGGCGGCGGCGACGCGGGCGCCGCGCGUGCUGCUGCUGGGGCUGGGCGGCGUGGGGCAGGCGGCGCUGCAGCUGCUGGCGGCGCGCGGCGCGCACGUGGUGGUGGGCGCCGCGCCCGCGCUGGCGGCGCUGGGCGCGCGGCUGGGCGCCGCCGCCGUGCUGGACCGCCACGCGCCCGACUACGAGCGCCGGCUGGAGGACGCCGGCCCCUACGACGCGGUGCUGGACUGCGCCGGGCUGGGCGGCGACGAGGCGGCGGCGCGGCGCUGGCGGUUCUCGCGCUACGUGACGCUGACGUCGCCGCUGCUGCGGACCAUGGAGGCGCGCGGCGUGGCGGCGGGCGCGGCAUGCGCGGCCGCGACGCUGCUGGCGCAGAAUGCGCGCGCGGCUGCAGCGCCGGGCUCGCUGCCGUCGCCGGGCUCGCUGCCGCCGCAGGUGCGCUGGGCGUUCUUCUCUCCGUCGGCGGCGGACAUCGAGCAUCUGCGCCGUCUCGCGGAACGCGGCCAGUUCACUGUAUGCGUGGAGCACGUGUUCCCGUGGUGGAGUGGGGCGGAGGCCUACGAGCGAGCGCAACGCGGCGGGGCCCGCGGUAAGCUAGUGUUGGACUUCACGGCGGAGGGCGGGGGCAGCGAGGGGAGCGUCUCGUCGUCCUAGCGUAUUCCCUGAAUCCAGUAAAUGGUGUAUACUUGGUCGUGUUCAGGUGUCCGGCGCACAACGCACGCACUCACUCGAGUACUCGCCUCGUUGUAUGCCAUUCGAAUUUGAGUCGAACAGAUCUCGAACAAAUUAUUUUUGUAAAUAGGCCAUAAAACAGCUUUUUUCUCGCAGCAUUAUAUAAUACAACCUACAUGAAGCCAAUAGUUCCUAACUGACUAUUCUAAGAAGAAAUUCCGAAACAACCUCGGCCGUACAGACAAAUGUAUAAAUAAUAUGAAGAACUGUGCACAUUGUGAUAAUUGUUAGUGCACACCAGUUCGAGUGAACCCGCCCAGGUGGCACGUUAGGUUACAACCAGCUCAAGCGACCGAUGUUGCUGAAUGCUCCGACCGAAAUAACAGUUGGGUGGCUCCCACAAAUACCAGAGAACCUACUGAACUAGUGGUCGACGAGCGCGGCUAAGUCUGUACUUGACAAUAAUUAUUGGAAAGUGUAAUUGUACAUGUAUGUUUAAUUAGUGUGACAUAUAAUAGAUAUGUAUAUAGUAUAUAAAUGUUUGUGUUAUUCUAACAAACUGUAUAUAAAUGUAACUUUAUGUGACAAACAUGUCAAUAUGUCAACGUGACCUGCGCUAACGUUACAGCAGGAUAUCUUUCAAGUAGGCUUUAAUUUUAUACAAUGCUUAAGGGAGCGUCCACAUUAGGCGAAUGUGCCGCGAAUGCGCAGCUCGCGAGACGUUUGCGAGCGGCCCGCGAGCUGCGCGCAUUUUUGUUCGCGCGCCGCUUCUGCGCCGCCCGCGCGCAGAUCGCGCUCGUUCUUCUGAGCGCCGUUCGCGACAAGCGCGCGGGCGGCGCGCUAGUUAUUAAAUAAUUUAUAACUUACCCGCUCAGUUCGUUUCUGAUUACUGGAGGCUAAGUGCGUGUUGUCAUGGAGUGGACGGAGGAGAAUUGCGCAGAUUGUGCGCGGCUCGCGCGCUCUAUACGAGCCUUGCAUGAGUUGCGCUAAAGAGGCGCACCAAAGCAUUGCAGUGAUUGCACGCGCGCAUCUCGCGGGCCGGUCGCAAUCGGCUCGCGAGCUGCGCAUUCGCGGCACAUUCGCCAGAUGUGGACGCACCCUUACAUUUCAGUAAGGUGUAUCUUUAGUGACACUUUAAAUAAAACCUCCGAGAAUUUUAUGUACGUGAUGACAAAAGGAACCUUUACUUUCCGUGGCUGAGAGGUCGUCAGGACUCACGACGUUUGUUUACCCCUCGCGUGGUAGCAAAAUAAUGUAGGUACCUACAUCUUCUUCUAAAAUAAACCACCAUUUUAUGUGCGUAAAUAACAUUUUCUUAAAUGUAUUGAAAGGCAGCUGUCAUUGUUUUAAUUAUCUUAUAACACCUUAGCGUAUGCCUUGGACUAAGAUUAUAGAUUGAUCGAAUGUCUCUUUUCUGCAAAACCAAGAUAGACUGAAUAUCAGCAGCAUUUCCCCACAACAUACAAUGAACACGUCGUUUCUAUUUUCUGUUUUCAUUUGUGGAAGGCAAUCGGCGCCGCCUCAUCGACACCAAUGUAUUAACGAGACCUUUGCCGACCUUUUAGGGAUAAGGGUUUCGGAUAUUUAAGGAUUGGAAAGAAGGGUCUUGAAUUUGUGUCAUUUACAGUUGACAAGCAUUAGUGUUAUAGGUAUGUAAGACCAUACACAUAAUAAGCAGGCACACGAGCAAUUAAUAAAUUGUUAAUUAUUAUGUUUUCGGCUUACUCACGUAAUAAUUUGACAAGAUACUCGACUAGUUUCAAGCCAUGCUAGAGGCAUGUUCAUGAGCAGCAUUCCGCGACACGCGAAAACAUAAUACUUAAUUAAUUUCGAAUGUCUCACGAAAGUUAUAAUAAAAAUAUAAUAAAUUGUUGAAUAUGUUUAGUCGUUUUUUACUGCCUCUCACCUCACUGGUGAGCAGAAAUUUCUUCUGACCCUUCCAAAAUGGAGGAGAUUCUUAAUUCGGGUGGUUAUUGUAUGGGCCUAGCUAUGUGUCAGCCACAUACGCAGGUACAGCUUGCCUAGCCUAGCCGCCUAGCCAGCUUGGUUUAGAACAACAGGAGCAUUUUAUGUAUCAAUCCAAGAACGAGAUAGAAAAGCCCCUAAGCAGUCGUGUGCACAGUCUGCGGAGCCUCAUAUGUAUACUUACUCUAAUAGCGAAGGAUUACAACGGGAAUGUAUCUUUUAUGCAUUUACUUAAGCUACUUAUUGUUAUAUAUAAAUAAACUAAUUUGUAAAGAAACUGGCUCAAAAACCAACAUAAAAUUAAUUACUUACAUAUUUUUUUUUUAAAUUAAUUACAUAAAAUUAUUGAAAUCGAAGGAGGUAAGGUAGGUACCAAGUAUUAUUGAAAGUGCGGUUAAUCACUUGAAUUAACUAAGAAAAGCACUUCAAGACACAACGGGAUUCUUAUUCACUAAAUAGUGUGCGCGUCGCGUCCUCUAGCGACUAACGUGCGCGAACUAAAUUAGCUUACCUUACUUGUGGCACACACGAUCCGAGUUGUUCCCAACUUGGUUGGUCGACAUAGGCUUCAAGAUUGGUUCCAAAAGGGUGGCACCGCAGAAGCGACUCCGUUCCCCAUUGUGUCGGGGAAACAAAACGGCAGAUCGGCCUGAAACAACCAAAGCAUUGAGUAUUGCCGUGUGAGUGGGGUUGCUAGAGGCCCAAUCCUUCUCCUCCCACAAUUCCUCCCCAAUCUUCAAAAAGCAAGCAAAUCACCCAUUAGGUAGAUACUCCUCUGGUGUUGGCACAUCGUAUGGGUACCCAUCCAUUGGCGGCACCGAAUUUGUACCAUCUGAUGAUAAGUAGGUUUCUUCUAUUGCCGUCUAUCACAUGAAUAAAUCUCCCGUUAGUAUGUUUGUAAGUGAUCAAAUGACGACAUUCUGUGCCACAAGAAGAAGAAUUAAUUAUUCUAUACCACACAGUCAGUACUAAUAUUGCUAAAAUUUUACAUUCGAUUGUUUCUAGGGUUCCGUAGUAAACUAGGAACCCUUAUGGUUUCGCCAUGUGACUGUCUGUCCGUCCGCGGAUAACCUGUGACCGUUACCUUUAG